AUGUCGGUGGCUUUUCUCUUCGUGGCGCUGGGCGCUUUGGCACUUGUCACUCGCACAGGUUGCACCGACAAUACAAAUGGUCUUGGUACAGACGGCGUCCCUGAGCUGGACUACACUGAUGUGGACCUUGGCUUGACACAACGAGGGCCGAGAUUUGAUAUUGCUCAUUCUAAGAACGUAACAGCGUUGGUUGGAAAAACAGCACAACUCAACUGCAGGGUCCAUGAGCUUGGAAAUAGAACGGUGUCUUGGAUUCGACAUCGUGAUAUCCAUCUCCUGACGUCAGGAAGAAUGACGUACACAUCUGACCAGAGAUUCAUCAGUGUCCACAACCCUCAUACCGAAGACUGGAUAUUGAAGAUAAGGUUUCCACAACGGCGUGACUCCGGCAUUUACGAGUGCCAAGUAGGCACCACGCCACCUAUCGGUCAUCGGAUGUUUCUCUCAGUUGUUGAGCCGCUGACGACGAUUCUUGGCGGUCCAGAGCUAUUCAUCAAUAUGGGCAGUACUAUCAACCUGACGUGCGUGGUCCAGCAUUCUCCAGAACCACCUCCAGCUAUACGCUGGACUCACAAUGAUGAGGCAGCCCCCAGAUUAUCAUGCUGGAAAACUAAUGCUUGUUUGAAAACUUAG